AUGUCUUCAAUUCGUCCAAUGGAACUCGAAAAGACUCCGUACACUCAUGAAGAACCUCUUACUUGUGGAGGAAAAGUGAAGAGAUGGUGCAACAAGUAUCUCUUGGAAGGUCAACAUCUUGAUGAUGAACAAGCGAACAAAGUGGCGAAUCUUCCAGAGAAUCCAACUUUCGGAGAUUUGGUUUUCAUUAAAUACAGAAAGUUCGUCGCAAUGCUCAUUCCAUUCCUUCUGAUUCAUUGCGUUUGGUGGUCGACUGCAAUCCGUCACAAUCUCUUCCAAUACUAUCAUGAUUACUGGCACAUGCCAGUGACAAUGGCUCUCGGUUCAUUUGUUGGUGGAAUGACUUCUGAAGGAUCUGGAGCUGUUGCAUUCCCUGUGAUGACACUUGCUCUUCAUAUCAAACCAGAAAUCGCAAGAGAUUUCUCUUUGAUGAUUCAGUCAAUUGGAAUGACAUCUGCUCUAGUCUGUGUACUCUUCAUGAAAGUCAAAUUCGAGCAUCGUGCAGUUAUCAUUGGAUGUCUUGGAGCAGUUCCAGGAUUCAUUGUUGGAGUUCAUUACAUUGAUCCACUCUUCUCUGGACCACAAAAGAAAAUGCUUUUCGUUUCAAUCUGGACUGCUUUCGCCUUCGCUUUGGGAAUCUUGAAUGCUCAAAAGAAGAGAUCGACAUUCCGUGAAAUUCCAGAAUUUUGUGCCUGGAAGGGAUGGGUUCUGUUCUUCACUGGAAUUAUUGGAGGAAUCUUCGAUGCAUUCGCUGGAUCUGGAAUUGAUAUUUGCAUUUUCUCAGUCAUCACCCUGCUGUUCCGUGUUACUGAGAAGACUGCUACACCAACAACUGUCGUUUUGAAGGGAACAAUUGCAGUAUUUGGAUUCUAUUAUAGAGCUGUUAUGAUGGGAGAUAUUGAUAUUAUGGCAUGGAGAUAUUUCGCUGUUUCCAUCCCAGUUUCUGCAGCCACUGGACCAAUUGGAUCAUUCUUGGGAUCUCAUCUUCAUCGUCAAGUUGUUGCUGGAUUCGUCUACGUCCUUGAAGCAAUUGCCCUUGUCGGAUUCCUCUUCACAAGACCAGCAUGGCAACUUAUUGCCGUUGGAGGAUGCAUUAUCCUCGGAGGAUUCGUUUUCUUCUCUGCUCUCUCCAAGGCUGGAUCUAUUCUCAUGAAUCGUAUCGAAGCCCGUCAACAAAAAGAAGCACAAAAGGCUGGAAUCACAUCUGGAUCUUGCUAA